AACUGACAGGCAAGUGUUAGACUAGCCAAACAGAGGAAGAAAUGGAAGGACAUUGAAUUUUUGUGCAACUAACCAACCACAGCUCUGUAAAUUGAUGACAUAUUUUAAUACUUCAUUUCAUUUUUACAUUAUUUAAGAACCUUUGAAGACAAAAUGUGACAGGUUUUAGUUGGAAUUCAGAUUGAAAACGAAUUUGCAUCAGCGACCCAAUGUAAACGAAAUAAAACAAAACCAUGACCUUUCCACUUUUAACAAAGCUUCUCCUGAGUGGGAGACAGUUGUGUGGGAGAGUUUACGCUCAGAUAUCCAAUCAGAGAAGCUGACAGCAGGACGUGGUUACAAGUGAACUGAAUGUGAAAAAAAAUAUAAGUCUGGCUAGACAUUCUUUUUAUGAUUAUUUUAUAUGCUAAUUUAAAUUGGAAUUAAACAACUUAGGAGAACAACCAUUAACCGUAUCCUAUUUAUUUUUCAAACUACUGAUUGGAGGCGUGAUUGGUAUUACACCACGGAGAGGUUUAGUGAAGUUUCUUUUACAGGUCAAUACAAGGAGCUUAGAUUGAUGUGUGUGGCACAAUAAACGGCCACACCAUGAGUGGGGAGCCUGAUGCGUUGGCUAUCGUGAAUCAGCUGCGGGACCUGGCAGCUGACCCCCUCAACAGGCGAGCCAUUGUCCAGGAUCAAGGAUGCUUACCAGGCCUUAUUUUGUUUUUGGAUCAGCCUAACCCUCAGGUUGUCUACUCUGCACUUCUGGCUGUGCGCUAUUUAGCGGAAUGUCGUUCCAACAGAGAGAAGAUGAGAGGUGAGCUUGGAAUGAUGCAGAGCCUAGAGAAUGUGAUGAAAAAAACGACGACACCUGGUGAAACAAAGUUGUUGGCCUCAGAAAUCUAUGAAAUCCUUAAGUCUUCCAGCAACGCAGUGACAGACCAGGCCGAACAGGCCAGCUACAGACGCAAGACUCAGUUCUUCCUUGGAGCCACGAACAAGCGUGCCAAAACUGUGGUUUUACAUAUAGAUGGUCUUGAUGAUGCUGCCCGUAGAAGUCUUUGCGAAGAGGCACUGCUGAAGAUUAAGGGAGUCAUUAGCUUCACAUUUCAGAUGACAGUGAAGAGAUGCAUUGUUAGGAUCAGGUCAGAUUUAAAAGCUGAGGCACUUGGCACUGCAAUUGCUUCAACCAAAAUAAUGAAAGCACAGCAAAUAGUAAAAGGUGAAGAUGGAGAUGAGGUCAUGAUCUCUUUCGAAGAAGAUGCCCCUGUCGAGGCUGAGCAGAACACAGACCUGCCUGAUUAUCUGCCGGAGGAGGAAAGCCCCUCGAAGGAGCUGGACAAAGCCGUUUCCCGCGUGGGGACCAAGCAGGACGCGAGCGGCUGGCUCAACACAGCAGCAAACUUUUUAACCAGGUCCUUCUACUGGUGACGGAAGGGUUAGGCCGGGAGCAACUGUACAUUAUUUAAAAGUAGCUGGGUUUCCUUUGGAGCGAUGGACUGCCUAGUGCAAUUUGCAAUAAUAUAUCGCAGUGUAAAAAGGCUGUGCUUCUUAGAUACAUACACCAUACACAUGUAUCUAUCUAUCUAUCUAUCUAUCGGUAUAUAUGCUGCAUUUGUUUUUCUCUCUACUAAGAAUUUAUGCUGUCACAAAACGUAAAGUUAUUCUAAAUUUGCCUUUUUUUUUCUUUGCCUUUUUUUCUUUCUGUGCCCUAUUUUUUUAUUUUUUUUUGUUAAUAACGGGUCCAUAUUUGUAACCAAAUGGCUUGUGACAUUGACGCUUUACCACAAGGAUAUUUGGGGGAGUCUAAAUGUUACCCAGGGCGCUAUUUUUGCCUCAGUUUUGCUUCAUUGAGGACCUAGAUACGUAAUGCAAUUUGAAAGAUGUUUUUGUGCAUGAAUUAUAACCGAUUUAUUUUGUUUUGAUCAGCCUUUCCUCAUUAAGAUGAUAUUUAAGUUAGUUUUACCAAUUGUUUGAUUUAUCCCAAGAGUAUUUUACAUUGUUUUUUGUCGUUUUGGAUUGCACAGGCUGUACUGUAUUUAAUGUUUAUUGCUGUCUGCCUUUUUUGUUUUGUUUUCUGAAUUACCUUUAUUCUGUGUGCCUUGGUUGCUGCUUUUAAUUUCUAUUUAAUUUUGUAUUUUUUCCCCCAAAUUAUUUUCUCUUUUCUUUCAGCAGACAUCCUUCUAACCAUGUUGGUAGCCACCAUCAUGUUGUCCCAAAACUUAAAAGCUUAAAUGUUAGUGCUUUCCAAGUAGUUUUUACAAAUUUGAAAUGUAAAGCUUUUUGGAUCUCCUGUUAAAAUCUAAUUUACAAUGCUCCAGCUGUAAACUUGAUCAUUCUGGUUUAGCAAUAUGACGGUGUAUAAAUAUUUGAAAUGUCAAGGACCCUUUCCAGCUGCGUUGUAGGAAAUGUAUUUGAGCAGCCAUCUAGGAUCCUAGCUUGUGCAAACCAUACAACUCUUUAGUCCAAUACAGAACCAGACACUGCACCCCAAUAACAUUAGUACUAAACUGUACUGCAGUUUUAUGUUUCACUCUUAGGAAACGUUUUUCCGCAUUAAGACAACAGUAGCCGAUCAACCAGUUUGGUUGCUGUGUACUGGGAGUAUCCUGAUACGAUUCCCCUAGUUUAGAACAGAAAGAUUGAAAGUGCUACUUGUAGGAUAAAUUAUAUAUAUCCAUGCUUUUCAAAGCGAUUUUUGUAAACUGUUUUAACAUGCAGUCCUGUUUUUUUAGCCUUAUUCCAAAUCAAAAUGAUUCUAGUAUCUCAAGGCUGCCGCCUUCAAGAUGCAUUUCAAACAAUGCAAUCUUCUAUUUUCUAAAAGUUCUCAAUCUUAGACAAAGAUCAGUUAAUAUAGAAAGUCACUUUGUUCCUUGCCAAGUGUAUUUCUUUUCUAUCAGUGGCCUUUGCGAAUCUAAAUAUAAAAUAUUUUCAUCUUCAUAGGUUGGCUAGCAUCAUAAAAUGUACUUCCCACAGUGUCCGUAGAAUUGUUCACAUUAAUUGAUCAGACCUGUAUUGCGUCCAUUUCAUGAGGGCUAUUAGAAAUCUUGCAGUUUACAUGUUCAAGCUAUUUUGGUUACUCAUGAAGGUAUCUAUUUGUUUAAAGUCAUCCCCAGGUGUGCCCUAACUACCACCAUGCCUCUGACUCUAUUCAGUGAUUUGUGUUAAUGCGGUAUUACAAUAAAGAUUACCCUGUGUCGAAAGGAA